AUGAACGAGCUGGAGCAGAGUAACCUUGCAGUUGGUAAGUAAUUGGCAUACCCGAUUUAAAGUGUAAAAUUAUUAAAAGACCAGCUUUGAAAAUGGCCACUGUUACUUUUGUCCUUUUUGUUUUUUCAGAUGAAAUGGCUUUAGAUACAUAUUGUUUUACAGCUUCAGUGAAGUCAGUUGAAGUAUUUAGUGAUAGAAAGUAACUUGCAUGCAUGUUAAGUCCAAUGCAUUGCGUACGUGUUGCUUUUUACAAAAUAAUUUGAACUAUUUUAGCUUCUUGCCUAGGGUGUAAUUAUUUUGCAAGCAAGAAAUUUACUGAGACCUAAAAUGUUAGUACAUUUGUAUUUUAAAUUGUAAUGUGAUUAUUUUCCAUGGGAUUAAGAACAUGUGGCAUAUUGGAUUCCCCAGCUGGAAAGGUAGAACAAUACCAGAAUUGUUUGCAACCACCCUGUUCUUCAUGCUCCUACCACUAGAAAUCCCCAGUUAUUGUUCUAUCUCAUUUGGAGUUAGCAAAUGAAACUGGCUUUCUUCUUUGGAAUCAAAAUCACAGAUCUACCUCAUCAGGCCCUAUUCAUAGAGUACACGAUUUGCAAAAAUAAAAGUAAUCUUUAUUACAUUUAGUAAAUGAAAACCUACCAGUAGGGGUCAAUGUAUACACCCCAAAUACAAAAUUCAUGAAGAUUGACAAUGCAAUAGUCACUUAAUAUACGAUAGACCAUAAUAGAAGUUACAUUUUAAUAUCGUUAGAAGUAAAAUGCCAAUGUCACACAGUUUUUCGGCUAAAUUAUCCUUUUUUUUUUUUUUUUUAUUCCAACACAUUUGUUUGUACUACACGGCCAGAUGGCUCUUUGUAUCUGCGUAGUUACAAACAAUGCCCUGUUGCUAUUGCCAUGCCAAUCUUUAGGAGUUUUGUAAAUUGGUUGUAUACAUUGACUCCUAUUGACCUGGUAUGUUUUAUUUUACUAAAUGUGAAAUAUAUACAUUUUUGCAAUUGGUGUGAUAAAAUAGUUUUUUAAAUUUUACAAGGCUACUUAGCCCCUUAAGGACCAAACUUCUGGAAUAAAGGGGAAUCAUGACAUGUCACACAUCAUGUGUCCUUAAUAGUUAAAAUCACCUUUACAAACCAAUAUGGGGAUUCACAUACACCAUAUGGCCUUAUUGUGUUAACAUUACAAAUAUUUAUCAGUACCCCAAUAUAUCCGUGGGUCUUACAUUAAUAUUAACAUUGAUCGAAAUGAUAAAAAUAGGAAAAAAAUCUGCACUUGUACAAUACUGAUAUAGUCCAAAAUCAGCUCAAUCGCCAAAAACGGAGCCUCUUAGUCCGAUGUGGGGUAGGAUAAAACAGGAAAAGAAAGUGUAGCGCCUGAAGUGUCCUUUAGGGAAUGUAUGUAAUGACAAACAAUCGAAAAACAAACAGGACUGAAAGUGUAGUAAGUUUAAAAGCUUCUCAAGAGAGUAAGGAAAUUAAACAUUGUACACUCACACUUUCAGGGGGUAAAGGAGUCUUGCUGCCUAGGUUGAGGUACAUGGAAUUCUACUUUGGAAGGAUGACUGAGAGGCUGAAUUCUCAGCCAUCAGAUCUUACACCCGGAAGGAAAACGGGAUCUCAAUCUGGAGUUGUUUGCAUCUCUAAACAAAUGCAGAAUCCAGACAAUAAACAUGAUGGCAUAUGUCCUCCGUGCCAGGCAUCAGUUAUUGGGCAUUUUUUUUAUUGUGUUGAUGCCUUUGCAUCAGUUACUUUGUUUGGCAUAAAAGGUCUUACAAGCACUUGUUACUGUUUUCUCCUGCACCAUAUGAUCAGUGCCCAUCCAAUUUUUUUAUGCAAUUCUAUGCAUCAUGGCUUCUGUAUACUGUCUCACACAUUUUGGCUCUCAUGUAUUGUGACCACAUUUCAAUAAAAAACUAAAUCUAUGCUUUCUGACAACUUUCUUCUUCAUGGCAACGAUGAACAAGGCCUCUCCCUGUAUUUUUCUUUAAGGUGCUAGUGCAGGGAUUGGCAACUUUCGGCACUUUAGCUGUUUUGGACUACAUCUCCCAUAAUGCUGUUACACCCAUAAUGCUGGCAAAGCAUUAUUUGGGUGUAGUCCAAAACAUCUGGAGUACCAAAGGUUGCCUGUGCUAUUGCAUAGUAGUUUUGCUCCUGCCCAGGUUGUCUUGUUUCUAUUCUGCUCAUUUACUAUCAGUUUUUCUUUCUGUCUGCUUGUCUAGAAGGUUAACGGAGGAUUUCCAUUGGGUGUAUCAGGAAGGAUGAAUUUAUCACAUGGAAUUCUGGGAUUCAUCUGCAUCUCCAUUUGGGGGAUCCAAUAUCAAACCUGUUAUGGCACUCGUGGUCCAUGAUCAAACUGAUGAAAAAAAUUCUAUAUUGUUAAACAUUUUGUUUUUAUUUUGUUUUAUUUGUAGAGUACCUGUCAUGACAUACAACUUAAUUUUUAAUGAUCAAAGAAUUCCUAGCAAAUGUCUAAAAUUCUCUGAAAUCAUUGGUUAAAAUACAUCCCUUUCCCCCUCCUCUCAUUUUAAUCUGUGCUGAACCACAGAGAGAUGAGAAGGUUGUGUUCUGCAUGCCUGUUAUCAAAGAGACCCUCCUGGGUGUCUCUCCUGCUUGAAUUCAGCCCUAGUGAAAGCAAUGUCAGCAAGUGGAAGUAGGGAGGAGGGGCUGGCUCUGUGUGAAAGCAACAGCAGGAGGAGAGAAACAGCCAGAAUGAUUUAUCGCUUUGAACAGGCAAGCUUAGAAUGUAGAGAGAACAUAUGCAUUUUUAUUUACAUAAAGAAAACUUAAAUCAUUGGGGACUCUUACCCUAUUAUGGGAGCAAGUCUGUGAUUCCCAAACAGGUGGUAUGAGAGGUAAACAUUAAAGCAAGUGUAACACAAACUGAAAACCUAACUGAUGCUUUUAACAGAAGAUAGGAGUUAUGGAAAUGAAUAUGACCUUUCAAAAAUUUCAAGGAAAGAAACUCUUAAUUGUAUAACAUGUCAAGCCAGAUGGUUAACAAACUGCAAAUCUGUACAUGUCAGAACAGGCACACUUUAACAUUUCUGGACUUACAUUUUGGCAGAAUACUCAGAUUAACAAUAGAUUUAAUUAAACCUGUUGCAGAUUUUAAAGCAUUAAUUACAUUAAAAUUAUAGUGUGGUUGUGUAUCGUGGUAGCAGGAACAAUUUGGUUUUUAUGGUUCUUUCAGUAGUAGUUUGACUUGUUUCCCACAUUGGGGCCUGAAAUUGAGAAUCUUCAUAGAAAUUAUUAUAAAAAUUGAAUAGUGGUGUUUAUGGCAAUGUAAUGUUUGUUUAGAUUAGGUGGCCUGUUUUUUUUUUGUUUUGGUUGAUUUAAAUUUUUUAUGUUCUGAUUGCAGAAUGAUUUUUAUUUUAUAACUGGUAUUUAUAGAGCACCAACAUAUUCUGCAGUGGUGUACAAUUAGGGGAGAACGUACAAUAUACACAAACAAAUACAAAAGGUAGAGAGGGCCCUGACCGUAAGUUGAGAUCUAGCCUUCUAGACAUCUUUUAUGUCUAUUCUUGCAUUUUUGCUUUAAAUUGGGAUAUAAUGUGCUGAAAUGUGUUUAUCAUAACAAUCUGUAAUAUUUCUUCCAAACAGACGCUUUUGAGUCCAGCAAUUAUGAUACAUCCUUUUUAUCUGAAGGUGACUCCUAUUACAACAAUGCAAUAAAUAAAGAAGAGAAACCAACCAAAAGCAAAGUUGAAGAUACCUUUCUUGUUGGCAGAGGAGAUGAACUUUAUUCAAAUUUCCAGCCUAUAAAUAAACUUGUAUCCAAAGUUAGUCCUCAAGAAAUAGUAUCGCCUAGAAAUGAUAAAGUUUUCGAGUCUCCGGAAGGAAAACCAUAUAUGGAUAAGUAUAUACAAAAUUGUGAUGGAACUUCCCAAUCCCAUCAGGUGAUUUGUGAGACUUUAGGUCAGAAACUACCGUUAAAUCCAACUGGAGACUCCAUGUUUAUGGAAGGGUCUUCAGGAUUGCUAAUGCAGAACAUCAAGGAAAAAGAGGAGAUGCAUACGGAAGGUAAACCAGUAAGAGAAUUUGUGCCCAGUUUUGAUCAUUUUGAGGAUUCUGGAAUUACAGAAGACCAGAUGUUUGCAAGCAGUGAAUUGUUUUUUGAUGACAAAAUAAGUUCUGCAGAUGAGGAACCGAAUAAAUAUUUUACUUGCACUAGUGAAGAACUCAUUAUUCUAGACAGUUCUUCUAGUGACCUAAAUGAUGAUACUUCUUUGUCCAUUAGGAGCGGAAGCUACUACAGUCUGCGCAGUAAUUCCAGUUCACCCAUUUUCAUUGAUGGCCAGACAGACCUAGAACUGAGUUACUUUGAAGAGGAAGACUUUCCAGAUUAUUCAAAGGUGAUCAGAAAUACGAUCUCAAAAGCAGUCAAUACUGAUAUGCCCACAGUAGACCCGCCUUGUCUCCCGCAAUUAAAAACUGCACAAAGAAGAGAUGUGUCCAGUAAUACAGAACUCUCAUGUCUGAUAAGACAUGAAAAAGGAUGUCAGACCGAUGGAUUGGACACACAAGAUCUAGUUGCAAAUGCAGAUAUUUCAAUUUCUGAACUUUUCUCCAAUACUCAG